AUGUUUUUCAAAGACUCGUGGUCUCUUCAUUUUUUGCUCAAGAACACAUUAUUUUAUGUUCUCGGGGAUGAUGAAAUCAAAAAUUGUGACCGAAAACUGUUUAUCAUUCUUUUGUUUGUCCACUUUUUCCCUAUAAAAUGUAUAGUUUGCUUGAUAGUGAGAAAAUUUUUAAUUCUCUUUUUCGUUUUCUAGUUUUGUGAAUUUCAGAACAAAAUGACCGUUGAAACUACAACUUUGAACACUGGAGCCAAACUUCCACUUUUUGGUUUGGGAACUUGGCAAUCGAAAGAUGAAGCUGAGCUAAAAGUUGCUCUUCGAGCUGCACUGGAUGCUGGAUAUCGAUUGAUUGGUGAGUUUUGGCGGUACGGUAUGCAAAAACUUUUUUGUGCAUUUUUGCGUGACCGUUUUUGAAAAGAAUAGUUUAUUUUUAAAUUUUUUCCAGUGAGUUUUGGGCGUGUUUUUCGUCGAUAUUAAUAAAUAUAGAAAUUUAUUUAAUUUUAAAAAUAAAACUCCUUGAAAUCUGAAAAGUUUCCCCAAAGCCUUCAUAAAUAUUUGCAGACACUGCUUUCCUUUAUCAAAACGAAUCAAUAAUCGGAGAAAUUCUCGAAGAAUACAUCCAAUCUGGAAAAAUAAAAAGAGAAGAUCUCUUCAUCACCACAAAACUCUCAUUCACCGCUCAUGCUCCACAAGAUGUUGCAAAAGCUGUUGAUUUGCAAUUGAAAGCAUUGCGAUUGGAUUAUAUUGAUCUAUUUUUGAUUCAUACACCAACACCAUUCAAACAUCAGGAUGGCAAUUUCUUGCCAAUUAUUGAAGAUGGUGUUUUUGUUGUUGACACAACUCCGCAUAUUGAAACAUGGAGAGAAUUGGAGAAAUUGUAUCAUUCUGGAAAAUUGAGAGCUUUGGGAGUUUCGAAUUUCAGUGCUAAACAAUUGCAAGCACUUUAUGAUGCGGCUGAAGUCAAACCAUCAAAUCAUCAAAUUGAACUUCAUAUUUAUUGGCCACAAGAAGAAUUGAGAGCUCUCGCUAAGAAAUUGAAUAUUACAGUGACUGCUUAUGCUCCUCUCGGUUCACCAGGAAGAAAGGUAACGCUUUUGAGAAUUUUCUGAUUUGAAAUUCAAAAAAAAUCCCUAUUUUCUAGGCGGCCCGUCCAGAUGGUGUCUGGCCAGAAGGUGAUCCACUCCUCGAGCCAAUCGUCAAAAAACUCGCCGAAAAAUAUCACAAAACUCCCGCUCAAAUUCUUCUCCGUCAUUUGACACAAGAAGGCAUUUCGGCUAUUCCGAAAUCUACAAAUCCCGAUCGAAUUGUUGAAAACAUCUCGAUCUUCGAUUUCAAAUUAUCCACCGAAGAUCUAGAAGCAUUGAGAACUCAAGUAACAUCAAGAGUUCGUCUUUUCUUGGCAGAUUUGUGAGUUUCCCCCGAAUUUCCAAAGUGAAAUUAAGCUGAAGUCAAUGUUUUCAGCGCCGCCCAUCAUCCAUUUUUCCCACACGAAGAUGUCGAUACAUCGAAAGCUCCAAGAGUUGUUCUCAAACUUCACUAA